AUGGCGGGUCUAGUUCAUAACCAGCAGCUACGGCAACCUCAUCAACCAUUAGGAGCAGCCCAAUUCGGACACCAAGCUCUCGAGAGAAUCCAAGACCAAUCGUUUGGAUUAGAGCAAGAUUUUGACGAAUUUCAUCACGAUUACGACAUGGAACGGCUGGCGCCUAACCAUGAGACCAUGGGAGACACUUAUUCACCAUCAACACUUCUCAUGGACCGAAAUCCUAACAAGACGUAG